UUCACUCCUAAACAACGACGCUCUUUUUUUCAAAUCUGUCUUUUCUGCUUGGAACUAGUACGUGGGAUAGAGAACUGUUACCUCACCGAGUGAGUACCUUCUAGCGCACUUGUAAAGUGGUUCCUUUUUGUUGACUUAUUUCAACUGUUCAACGUUGCAACCACGACCUGUAUCGACGGCUGGUCCAUCUAUUUGCUCGUUCUCUCUGUGUUCUCAAUCCUGACCAUUAUUUUUACGGUCUCCAGUCACCAAGGUUUAGUUUAGGCUUUUUUUUUACCACGUACGCGCGACAAAAUCUAGCGAAGAUGCCCAAACUUUCUCUCCUUUUCUACGUCACAUUCGUUCUUUCCUUGGUCAUUGCCUCAGACGCAAAAGCAUUCGACCCGAACCACCAAGUCAGCCACAACCGCUUCCUCAAGAAGCGAGUGCCGGCUCCCCUGAUUGGUCGUUUCACCUUUCCCCAGCCUGGUCCCACUGUCAUCGGAGUAGGGGCUGAUCCUUUGACUUCAACCCCUGCUGCGGCAACGCAGUCCGCGUCAACGGCAACUACAGCUGAUAGCACACCCAUAUCUUCUGCAUCCCCUUCGUCUUCUCCCGCUGCAACAUCCGUUGGGACAACGCAAAGUCAAGUUAGUCAAGUUUUACCGACAACGACGACGAGCUUGACUUCUUCAUCGACAUCUUCUUCAUCCUCUACCUCCCCAACGAGCACUCCAUCAACAUCGUCAACACCAUCAGCCAUCCAAAGUGUUCAAUCUAGUCCUCUUGUGACUCCUGAUGCACCUGCACAGGCGGGCUCUCCCACCUCCCAGUCAGUCAUACUUGUCACCAACACUGCUUCUUCAAGCGCAAGCGCAAGCGCCACACCAUCUACUUUGUCCUCUUCUUCUACCGGUAUCACGCACGCUGCCCUCAUAGUCCUCAUUGUCAUUGCUGCAAGCGUCGGUGGUUCCAUCAUCAUUUGGACCAUUAUUCGCAAGUGGAAGUUUGGCAAAUCCUCCAGCUUUGAUGAUCGCAUGCAGCCUAUUGACUGGCAGCCGAGUAACGAUAUCGAUGACAAUAGUGGUAUUCCCGGUCUGAACCGCCGUAACUCCACUGCAUCAUCGUUCCACUCUGGCUCCGGCCACGCCGGCAUUGGUGCAACGACACUCAGCCCAAUUCCUGACCAUGAUUUCACCGCAGGGCCUGCCAAUCUCGCACCUGUUGGUGGUUAUGCUGACCUUGCGCGUGGUCCCAGUCCUCAGCCUAUGAUGCAGGAACUCGCGCGUGGUCCGAGUGUCAACGCGCGUCAGUAUCAGUCUGACCAAUAUGGUGUCCCGCUUCACCACGGCGCGUACGCCACGCACGGAUACUGAGCCAGCAUAAAAGGCGCGGAGAACAGCAUUCAUUUAUCCCUCGUACAGGGAGGUGCUGCUCACCUUUUUAUUCUGUCGUAUCAGUUAAUGGCAUCGCCUUGCUGAGCUAUGCAUUCGCUUCAUUCCCAUUUACAUAUGCGUACCUAGACGACAAACGUUAUGCUUAUAUUCCUCGCGUCCAUACCUC